CUAUAAAUUAGAUGGAUUUAUGUUAUUUUCUGUGAACUAAAGUGAUUCAAUGUCUCUUCUGGAUUGUUUCUGUACUUCACGAACACAAGUUGAAUCAAUCAGAAUUGAAAAACAGUCUGAAACCAGCAUCCACCAAUCCUUGGUAGAUGAGCCAACCUUCUCUUGGAUACCUUCCUCUUCUGGAGGCAGAGAAAUACCAUUAUGCUCUUCCAAUGUUUCUCACUAUGAACUCCAAAUAGAAAUAGGAAAAGGAUUUGACAAUUUAACUUCGGUCUACCUCGCACGGCAUACUCCCAGUGGAACAUUAGUGACUAUAAAAAUUACAGACCUGGAAAAUUGCUCUGAAGAACAUUUGGAGGUUUUGCAGAAAGAAGUGAUACUCUCUCACUUUUUCCGGCACCCAAACAUUACAACAUACUGGACAGUGUUCACAACUGGCAGCUGGCUUUGGGUUAUUUCUCCAUUUAUGGCUUAUGGUUCUGCAAGCCAACUCUUGAGGACUCACUUUCCUGAAGGAAUGAGUGAAACUUUAAUAGGAAACAUUCUCUUCGGAGCAGUGAGAGGGUUAAACUAUCUGCACCAAAAUGGCUGUAUUCACAGGAGUAUUAAAGCCAGUCACAUCUUGAUUUCUGGAGAUGGCCUCGUAUCUCUUUCUGGUCUGUCCCGUCUCUACAGCUUGGUUAACCAUGGUCAAAGAUCUAAGGCUGUGUAUGAUUUUCCCCAGUUCAGCACAUCAGUUCAUCCAUGGCUGAGCCCAGAACUUCUAAGACAGGAUCUGUAUGGUUAUAAUGUGAAGUCAGAUAUUUACAGUGUCGGCAUUACAGCAUGUGAAUUAGCCAAUGGGCAUGUACCUUUCCAAGACAUGCAUCGUACGCAGAUGCUGUUACAAAAACUGAAAGGUUCUCCUUCCUGCCUAUUAGAGAGAAACGCAUCCCUUCAAGCAGAAUCGAGAUCAAAAAACUCCCGCUCUGGUGUAGACUCUGGAAUUGGAGAAAGUGUGCUGGUUUCUAGCCUCACACACACUGUGAACAGUGACAGACUGCAGACUCCAUCCUCAAAAACUUUUUCUCCUGCUUUCCAAAGUUUGGUUGAACUGUGUUUGCAACAAGACCCUGAAAAAAGACCAUCAGCAAGCACUUUGCUCUCCCAUGCAUUUUUCAGACAGAUUAAAGAACAAACCCAGGAUUCAUUACUUUCAUUGCUGCCUCCGGCCUAUGAUAAAUGGCCAGUGGCAGUGCCCCCAGUAUCCAUCUGGACUGAGUCUAACUGUGUUCUUCGUGAUGAAGAAGAUAGAGGCUGGGAAUUCUAGAGAUGCCAAAUCUCCCUUAUGUCCUAUUUACUUGACCUCUUUGCUGCUUUUUCUCUACGUUGGCUAAGUACAUGUGCCAGAGCCAUACUUGAAAAUACAGUUGUUGCACUGGAAAUUAAUUUUUGAACCACUCUUGCCAAAGGGAGCACUAUUCUAGCAUCCUUUCCCAAUGGCUCUAAGUGCUAUCUUGAGUACUGGAAACUUAAGAAUCAGGAAUUUGGUUGCUUUUUCAUGCCCUUUUAGUUAUGUAUUUUGUUCACACUGUGAUUAAUUCUUCUCAAUCUCCCAACAUAGUGUUGGUCUAUUUCCUCCUGUUCUUGGCUCCCUUCAACAACAUGGUUUUCUGCUAGUCUCUUGAGCCUUUUGGCCCCCUAGCACAGGACAAAUGGCCAAUCCAUCUCAGCACAAAGCGAUUUUAAGUAGAAGGAAAAAUGUUUAUAUUUUUUUCAUUGUCUCCUGAUAACUAUUCUAUAUCAAUCUGAGCCUGACAUUAAACAAUUCACUUAUAUUUAUAUAAAUGAAUAUGCAAUUUAUUUCUUUUUCCAAUAGCUAAUUGGUUAUACUUUUUUACCUUUGAAAAUUAUAAGGUUUCCAUCUGUGGACACUGAAUAAAUAUUUAUUGAAUUGA